ACGUCAGCGUCCUAUUUGUAAUUUAACGGAAUGGACGACAUGUUACAAUUCAUGAAACUAGUCGGACAGCUAAAACGUGUGCCACGAACAGGAUGGGUGUACAGAAAUGUCAAACAGCCUGAGAGUGUGUCUGAUCAUAUGUACAGAAUGUCUAUGAUGGCAUUAACCAUACAAGACAUCACUGUCAAUAAAGAAAGAUGCAUGAAGCUGGCUUUAGUUCAUGACUUGGCUGAGUGUAUUGUGGGAGAUAUUGCACCAGCAGAUAAUGUUAGCAAAGCAGAGAAGCACAGAAGGGAAAAGGAUGCAAUGGUGCACAUCACAGGCCUGUUAGCUGAUGGCUUACGGAAAGAGAUUUACAGCUUGUGGGAGGAGUAUGAGACUCAGUCCAGUCCAGAAGCUAAACUGGUGAAGGAGUUGGACCAGCUGGAGAUGAUAAUACAAGCUCAUGAGUAUGAGGAGUUAGAGGGGAAACCUGGAAGACUGCAGGAGUUCUUCACUUCCACUGAAGGGAGGUUCCAUCAUCCGGAGGUGUUGGGUCUGGUGAAGAGUUUGAAUGAGGAGAGAGCUCGACACAUCGCUGCUAAAGGAGAUAAUGAUACAGAGAAGACCACUGAUACAAACCCUCACACCCUAGCGACACCAUGA